CCUCCAUCGUUGCUGGAGUAGCCAGCUCGCCCGUAAAGCCGCUCUAACCCGCUUGAGGCUUCCUCAGGUGGUGUAGUCCGCGGGGUGCGGAUCCGGGCCGAGCCAGGGGAGCACGGCGGAGUGAGCGCGGUGGGGGCACCAUGCCCGCCACCUCCGGCCGCUGCCUGGUGCGCCUGCUGCUGCUGCUGCUGCUCUGUACCAGCCUCUCAGGCGGGAGCCUUGCAGAUUCAGCUAUGACAACGCAAGAUUCCAAUCAGACUUGGGUGAAUUCUGUGACGAAGAUGCAAGCUGGACAUGAAUCAUCUGGUGCUGCCACACAAGAGCUCAAGCCUGGAAGCAAGCAGAGCACUGAUGUCACAGAGUAUGAGAUAGUCCUACCUGGUGUGUCUGAAAAAAAUAUCUCUUUGGCUAAUCCAGCUAAAGUUGAACUUACAUGCAGAUUAGAUGAGAAGUCAAAUUUGAAAAAUCCUCAAGUGACUUGGAAAAGAGGAAGUGAAACAAUCAGUCACACCAGUAAAACUCAGAACAGCUGGACCAUCCAACUGACCAUCUCAGGGAGCAGCGAGCUGGGAAGUUACAUUUGUAUUCUGAAGGCUGAAAAAGAAGUCAGUGCUACGUUUCACUUGCAUGUACCAGCCAUUGAAGGAAGAGAAAAACCCAUAAUUGCUUAUAUAGGUGAUACAGCUGUAAUGGUUUGUAAAACUGAGUAUGAUCCCAAGGCUUGGAUGUGGUACAUGACCAAUGGAACUGAGCUGGUUCCCAUUGAUAAGAUUUUGCCUAUGGACAAGUUUGAAAUUAAUAGACAAUCUGCCAGUGUAAACCGUUUGGAGAUACACAAGCUCACCAUGGAAGAUAGUGGUGAAUAUUGGUGUGAAGCCGCUUUUGAAUUAGCGGGCAGUAAAGCAAGGUUUGAAGUUAGAGUUCUGUCCAUUGCAGAACCUCUCAAACCCUUUAUAGCAGUUGUGGCUGAAGUCGCUAUUCUUGUAACUACUAUUGCCCUCUAUGAGAUGUAUUCGAAAAGGAAGGCAAAAGGAGGUGAAAAAGAGUUUGACCAAAUUGAGCAACUUAAAUCAGAAGACAACGUAACUAAGGGACAAAAUUAGUUCUGUGCAGAGAAGGAGGGUUCCUUUAAAGAUUUAAGCCAACAGAAGUGAAAAUUAUCACAAAGCUUCAGAAGAUGUAUGCAGCUACUUAAACUUCACUGUGUUUUGAAGUAAAAUUCUCUACAUUUGAGAAAUAAGAUGCUUUUAAAAUAGCUCUGAAACUACUCCUUUUACACCGAUGAAAUAUGAUAUAUUGUAUUUAGAAGUUUAUCUAUAACAUUUUAGUGAUAGCAGGGUUUUUCUUAUGUGAUUAGGCUUGCUGUUGGUUUAUGAUUAUAUGUUUGAUUUUUACCUCCCAAAUUGGAACUAGCAUUGUAUUCACUGAAAAAAUGGUCAAUAUAAAGUAGGCAUAUUAUCUGAGUGUUAUAAAACUGGAUAUAUACAAUGAAAAAAGUAUUUACACCAGAGAAAAUGCCUUUUACUCGCUGUUGAAGCAAAUGUGAUGCAGCUGUUUUUACCAAAGAAGUGGUGAAAGGGGAAUCUUUAUCAGGGCUUCAGUGAAACAUUGAGAGAGUUGUGAUUUGCUCUUGAGUAGUAAAAUGUCUUCAUUCCAACUUGUCUUAGCUUCAUUCUCAGUUCUGCUAUAUUGUAGUUCUUAGUAGGCUAAACAUUUAGAUGCCGUACAGCUCAGAUAUUUCAGAGUUCAUGACGUAUUGGGGAUACAGUACCUUCUCAGACUAAAACUGCAAUAAUUCCUUAUGCUUGAA